GUUUAAUGGAAAUGUUUACAGUGCGUACACGUUCCUCGCUUAACAUAGACAAACGUCAAAAUCGCCCUUUUCUGGAAAUAACAGCAAAUGGUGCAAAUAUACCUUUGGUGGAGAACUGGCAGGAACGUUGGUGUUCUUUACCCAUUUCGGAGGCAUAUUUCAAAAGACUGUAUGAAUUUGAGGUAAAAGAUGAUGAUCUUUAUGUGGUGACAUUUCCAAAAUGUGGCACUACCUGGAUACAAGAGGCCUGUUGGCUGUUGGUAAAUAAUUUGGAUUUUACCAAGGCCAAUGCAGAAGAUUUGCCUUUUCGUAGUGUUUUUAUGGACUUAAGUGCUUUGUACACCGAUAUACCCAAGAAUACCAUUGAUUUGGCGGAACAGGCUGCUUCACCCAGAGUUCUUAAAACCCAUCUACCGGCCCAUUUAAUACCCAAACUUUGGCAAAAGAAAUCGAAGAUUGUCUACUGUGCUCGCAACCCCAAAGACAUGGUAGUCUCCUAUUUCCACUUUCAUCGUGGUCUAGGCACCUGGCAGGGUGAUAUUAAUGAAUUCGUAGAGGAUUUGAUCAAUAACGAUAUUAUGUAUUGUCCCUAUUGGGAGCAUAUUAUGGAUUUUUGGCGUAUGCGUAAGGAGCACAAUAUAUUCUUUACCACCUAUGAAGAUAUGAAGGGAGAUUUGAGGACAGUUUUAAUAAAUCUCAACCAAUUUUAG